AUUUUGAGUUUCAACUGAAAAUGUCGAGAGCAUUUCUCGUUCGAUUUCCAUUGUCAAUUUAGCUCUUCCCCAUAAUAAUCAUCGUGUGAAGCAUGUGCUCCACAAACUACUUGCUGCUGCUGCUGGUCAUUCUACUUCCGCUGCUCGUUGACUCUCGUGUGCUUGGCAACAUCAAGCGACAGGCGGAGCCCAUUGAGGAUGAGCGCACUGCCAGCUAUUGGCUCAACCAGGCGCAACAGCAGCUGGCGACGCGUCUGGAACGGAUUCACUUAGCCAAUGGUAACGGUGACACCCGCAUGGCCAAGAACAUCAUCAUGCUAAUGGGCGACGGUAUGUCCAUAACGACAAUGACAGCGGCUCGCAUCCUGAAGGGUCAGCAGGCGGGUCACAGUGGCGAGGAGAGUCAACUGGCCGCGGAGCAAUUUCCGUACACGGGACUGAGCAAAACCUAUUGCACCGACAGCCAGACGGCGGACUCGGCGUGUGCAGCCACCGCCUGCUUGACGGGUGUGAAAACCAAUUGCGGCAGCAUUGGGCAAAGUGCUCAGGGCGAUAGCGUCGAGUCCAUUGUGCAGUGGGCACAACGGGCGGGCAAAGCCACCGGGAUUGUGACGACCACACGUCUAACGGAUGCCAGUCCAGCUGCCGCGUAUGCGCAUGUCAAGAAACGCACUCAGGAGCUGGACAUUGGACGGCAGCUCAUAGAAGAUGCGCCUGGUCGCCAUCUGGAUGUCAUAUUAGGUGGCGGACUGGGCAAAUUUGCCAGCGAGCGAACAGAUGGACGUGAUCUGUUGCAGCAGUGGCGCGAUGCCAAUCCGCAGGGUUGCUUUGCACGCACUCUCGCGGAGCUGCGCAACUGUAGCAUCGAUCCGGAAGCGGGUCGUUUGCUGGGCAUCUUCAGUGACAGUCACAUGGCGUACAAUUUGGCUGCAUCACAGGAGCAGCCACGUCUCUGUGACAUGACGGCGGCGGCCAUCGAACAUUUGGCUGCCCAGCAGGCGACUAAUGGUUUCUUUGUGUUCAUCGAGGGUGGUCGCAUCGAUCACGGACAUCAUGAGACGCGUGCUGGUUACGCGCUCGACGAGAUGCUCGAGUUCGAUGCAGCCAUCGAGACGGCUUUGCGUCUGACCAAUGUGCAGGACACACUCAUCGUGGUCACCGCCGAUCACUCGCAUACGCUGAGCAUGGCGGGUUAUGCCAGUCGUGGCACAUCCAUUCUGGGCGUGGAUCAGAGUCAACGGGAUCUGGAUGGUGUGCCUUAUAGCACCCUGAACUAUGCCAUUGGCAAGUGGCAGAGCCUGAACAAGGCGGGAAAACGGGAGAAUCCCGCACCGCAUCUGAGCAGAACCUCUUUAACGCCCAGCUACAUUCAUGCCAAGGGCGUGCAUUCUGGCGAGGAUGUCGCCGUCUUUGCCCGCGGUCCGCAGUCGCAACUGUUUAGCGGGGUCAUGGAACAGAAUCUGCUGCCACAUCUGAUGGCAUAUGCCGCAUGUCUGGGCCAUGGCGACACGGUCUGCAAGCAUCAGCAAAAGGAACACACUUUCGCACCUCUUUGAAUGUCUUUCGUCUUUAGGUUUGAUGGGAAAUUUUUGUUUUGUGUUCGAUUAAAACGGUUCAAAAGUGGAUAAAGUUAGCGAUAAGCGAUAGCACGGGAAAUGGCAACAGUGCGCAUAUCGACGAUAUAUACUUUUUGGUAUUUAAAUAUACUACGCUCCGCAAAUUGUUAAUGAA